AAACAGGGCCGCGAUUUUCAUAAUCAAAUUGCAAUCUGUAAUUUACAAUCUUGGGGCAAAUGUGGCACUUCCAAACACCGCACAAAUGAUCGUGAUUUAGGCAAAAGAUCGCGAUGUCAACUUUCUACUCUGACCAGAAACUAUUAUCGCGAUUUUCCCUCGUGGGGGCGCCAAAACAUGGCGUCUGAACACCAGGAGCGCGCGUCUUGGGACAGCGCGAAAGAUGCCUUCCUGGUAGAGGCCAUGACGCAGCAAGCGCAAGCAGGGAAGAGAGCUGACAGCGGCUUCAAGAAAGAAGCGUGGACCGAAGCACUCGCUGCGUUCAAUACCCGUUUUCAGACGAAGCUGUUGAGGCAGCAGAUCAAGUCCAGACUGACAGCGCUGAAAGGCAUCUAUACGUCGAUCAAGGCGAUGCCGGCGGCAUUGAUCGAACUGACCAGCAUAUUUUGGUUCGUUCUGUAGCAGCAGUGAUGGGGUGGCUGGUUGGACGAGAUACGUACUCGCCAUGUUACAGACAACAUCAAGAACACGGUAAAAAUGCCUGUUUAAGUGACACCAAAGUGUUAGUCAAAGCACGGACGUAACCACAAUGUGAAAACUCACUGAUGAAUGGUUUCUCCGCUGUGUUGAAGCGCUCUUGAAGAUCGCUGUUCGAGGCGUUCUUUGCAAUCCUGUAAAGGAAGAUAGCUGCCUUCUCCUCCACACUGACACGGGACCAGGGUGUCUGUCGAUCCGCGUUGUCAAGGGCAGCGCAAAAGCGCCUGAACACGGGCUUUGUCAUGCUGUAGCUUCGGAACAUGCGUGUCGG